GAUGGCGCGAUGGCGGCGGCGGCUGCAGAGGCCCCCGACGUCUUUCGGGAAUGUGGCUGCAAGGGCAUCCGGACCUGUCUGAUCUGCGAACUGCAGCGCGGUGGUGACCCGCCCUGGCAGCCCCUGGCACGGAAAACGCACCGUUUCGUUUACUGCUCGGACACUGGCUGGGCCGUGGGGGCCGAGGAGUCUGACUUUGAGGGCUGGGCCUUCCCCUUCCCGGGAGUGAUGCUGAUAGAGGACUUUGUGACGCCGGAGGAAGAGGCUGAGAUGGUGCGUCUGAUGGACCUCGACCCCUGGAAGCUAUCGCAGUCUGGACGGAGGAAGCAGGACUACGGCCCUAAAGUCAACUUUCGGAAACGGAAGCUGAAGAUGGCAGGCUUCCGAGGCCUCCCCAGCUUCAGCCGGGAGUUGGUGCGGAGGAUGGGCCUCUACCCUGGACUCGAGGGCUUCCGGCCAGUGGAGCAGUGCAACCUGGACUACUGCCCUGAGCGGGGCUCUGCCAUUGACCCCCACCUGGAUGAUGCCUGGCUGUGGGGGGAGCGGUUAGUGAGCCUCAACCUCCUCUCCCCCACCGUGCUGUCCAUGGGCCGGGAGGCACCCGGCAGCCUGCUGCUCUGCUUCGCCCCCGCUGCUGCCCCCGAGGCCUGGGUGGACAGCAUGAUAGCGCCCAGCAGGUCCGUGCUGUGCCGCGAGGUGGAAGUGGCCAUUCCCUCACCNNNNCGCUCCCUGCUCCUGCUCCCGGGGGCUGCCCGGCACCAGUGGAAGCACGCCAUCCACCGCAGGGACAUUGAGGCCCGUCGCGUCUGCGUCACCUUCCGGGAGCUGUCGGCCGAGUUCUGUCCCGGAGGUAGCCAGCAGGAGCUGGGGCACAAACUCCUGCAGAUCGCACUCUCCUUUCAGGGACGGCCUGUGUGAGCUGCCUCCCGGGGAUGGCUGGCCCUGGGCCUGCCUGGCUGGAGGCCCUGCUUCAGAGCUGUCUGCCAGGACUGAAGUGGGCAGCCCAGCACAAGGGUCUUUUUUCCCAGCUCAUCAGGAUCUAAGAGAAGACACCUGACCCAGAUGCCACGGGCAGUGUGAGCCCUGCCUGGAGCUGGUUUUGAUGGGAAUGAGCCUCAGGUCAGUCCCUUCCACCUGCACUGUGGCCACUGUUUUGGUUCUUUGAUUUUUCCAUCUGGGGAGAGGGGAUAAUGUGAGCCUACAAAAUGUUGGCGCCAUUUGAAACAAUUGCCUCCCUUUACCAUCCCUCUCAAUGAGGGUUCCCGGCACCCGACCAUCCAGUCCCUCCAGCGGGGAGUGAGCUGAGCUGGAGAACAGUUGGUGGACGAUUUGAAGUUCAAACCUCAGAGAGGGUGAUAGCUUCUGAGACAAGCUCAACCUGAGUCAUGCUGGACGCCCUCAGGGAGGGGCUUGUGCUGAGGGCUGGGAAAUCUGAGAGCCUGGACCCUCUCCACCCCCAUCAUGUGAUUAAAAAGUAGGAAAAGAAAUG